UGCCAUACUUGUACACUGCGGUGGCUUCUAGUCGUUUGAGGCACUGAGCAAGGCCAGAUCGUCGAUGUGACGCACCAGGCCGGCCUUUGGACUGUACCGCUUUAACCUUUCGAUUAGGGAGCCUAUUCCUACCAUUAUUAUCGCGGCGCACGGCGGCCAGGGCUUUACCCAGGUUCGCGGGCUCCAGCAUCUCGGAUUAGACACGUCUCCUGGCGGAACGGAGCUCCCGCACCUCAGCCAGCUGGCGCUGAAGAGCAGUGUCUAACUCUGUGGCUUGUUGCUGCCGGAGACUGGCCUAAGCGGUUUGCGCAGUGUGCGACUGCCAAGGGGCUGACCGCCUGGCGCGUUGACCUCCCGCGCGGCCCCAGCAAUUUACAGCCGUGUCGGUUUAGGUGGCGCUGGCGGGAUUCAUGACUCGCGGCCCAAAGGGCGCGGGGCUCCCGCCCUGGCGAAGCCUCUUCUGCUGACCGAAGCCUCUUUCGACGUCGACCAGCCGAGCGCAGCCUGCACAACAUGCACAGUAGGCAUUCCGGGGGCGCCGAUGGGUCGGGCGGGAUGCCCGACCCCUAUCGGCAGCCCACCGAGUACCUGUUGGCGUUCUUACAGCGCAUCGCCAUGCUCGAUAAGGAGGGCUUCUUCCAGCGCCCCGUUCGCGAGGAGGAGGCGCCCAACUAUUACACCGUCAUCAAAAGCCCCAUGUGCUUCGCCGACAUGCGGGAAAAGAUUAACUCGGGCGCUUAUCAGACAUGGCGGCAGCUCCGUGAUGAUUUCAACCUCAUCCAUGAGAACGCACGCCGCUUUAACUCCAGCAAAACGCUUGUGCAUCGGGCAGCCAUCAAUCUGCAGAAGAACGGCAGCAAAGUCCUGGCGACUUACGAGCUGGAGGUCCGGAAGGCGCUCGCCGUGCUGCACCCUCACGGCGGGCAGCAGGGCUCCGACGCGCUCACGUCGCCCACGGCCGCGGCGGCCGCAGCCGCUGCCGCGGACCAGAGCGGCGACCUAGGGUUGAUGCCGGGCGGCUCAGCGCCGCCAUCCCCGCAUGCAAUGCUGGGGGGCCUGGACAUGGCGCCCUUCAAGGGUGGCGACCAGCUGGGCAGCCUGCAGCUGCUGGGCCCGGGCUCAGCGGCACCGCAGCAGUCGGGGUUGCUGCCGCAGUCCUCGCUGCUGCUGCCGCCCCCGCCUCGCGACCUGCUCGUGGGCUACAUCAGCGACGACGAGGAGCCGCAGGCGGUGCUGGUGGCGGGCACGGACGCGGCUGCAGUGGCGGUGGCGGGCGCAGCCGGGCGCGCUCUACCGGGGCUGGGGCCAUGCCAUGCUUUGCCGCUGGACGCAGUGCUGUCGCAGCUGCGGACCACCGCGGUGCGUGUGCCGUACCAACACCUGCAGCAGCGGGCGCCAACAGAGGCGGGGCAGCCGGAGGCGAGCACCGCUGGUGCUGGCGCCGAGGGCGGCGAGGGGCGCGGCGGACGGUUGCACAGCCGCGAGUGGAAGCAGGCUCGGCGGCCGGUGGAGCUGCAGGCGCGCUGGCUUGAGCUGCGUAUGCUGGAGCUGCGGGGGCAGCAGGAGCGGCUCCGCAUGCAUAUUGUGUGGUUGCAACAGCAGCAGCAGGCUGGAGGGGUAGUGGACGGGGGCGCAGAGGGCGUGGCGGGGCCAGGGCCGUUGGUUGCGGCGGCGGCGGCGCGGGCGGCAGCGCCAUGCAGCGGGGAGCUGGGCGUGCUGCUAGCCGCGAAACGGGGCUUCCUGUCGCACGGCCGCGUUGCGCUGUCGCCGUAUGUGCGCAUGCGGCAUGCGGCGGCAACGGCAGCAGCCACUGGUGCAUCGGCGGACGGCGGCGGAGGUGGGGCACCAGACGGCCAUACCGGGGUGUCGCCAGUGGCUGCAGAUGGCAGCGCAGCGGCCGCAGGCCCCUCCGGCGCCAGUCUGGAAGCCGCGGUGGCGGCCUCGCCGCCGGCCAUGCCGCUCCCACAGCCCGGGCAAGCGGGGCUGCAGCAGCAGGGCCCCGGGCGGCCUGCGGUGUCGCUGCCACCCGGUCCACCGCAGCCCUUGUUGAACCCCGUGUCACCGGAGCAGCAGCAGCCAUUCGACGAGGCGGAGGCGGACAAGAUGCUGCCGGGCGCCAUCUUCGCCUCGCUGGAGCUGCUGGAGCAGCGGCUCGGCACGGUGCGGUCGCAGCUGCAGGACACGUACAAGUUCAACAGCGCGCGCCUGGCAUCCAGCCGCACGCCGGGACCCUACGGCGCUGCUGCGGCCGGUGGCGGUGGCCCCGCCGGCCUGCCGAUGUCGUCCUCACUGCAGCUGCCUCCGUCCGUGUCCCAGGGCGGUGGCGGUGGGAACGUGAAGAGGCAGUCGAGCGGGCACGCGCGGCGCUCCGGAAGCCUGACGGUGCUCACGCGGUUCGACUCGAUCAGCAUGGGGCCGCCGACGGGCCUGGGCGGCAAGACCAGCGAGGGCGGGAAUAAGCGCAAGCGCAGCGAGGCGGAGAUGCUGGCGGGUGAUUUUGGGAUGGGCACGCCGAUGGGAUCCUACAGCCGCACGUCGCUGGAUCGCAGUGUGUCCGUGAGCACCAUCGUCAUUCCGCCAGUCCGCGAGCUACCGCCUGACGAGUUCCGCGCCCGCCUGGUGGCCGCAACCAGCUGGUCGCAGCACUUCCACACACUGGGCCCCUCCGCGCUGGACAACGUUCCUGUGGAGAUCCAGGCCGUGCUGCGCCGCCCCCGCCAGCGCCGCCGGCGCCGCGUCGACGAGUACGGCAUGCCCCUGGGCAUGUACGGGCAGGACGAGGGGCUGCCGAUGGGCGGCGGCCCCUCGGACGACGAGGGCGGCAUGCUGGGCGGCGGCAGCGACACGGGCGACGACCCCAUGGACGGCGGCAGCAGCAGCAGCAGCGAGGACACCAGCGACGAGUCGUACGCCACCAUGCACAGGAUCAUGGAGGAGGAGGAGCGCCGCCGCUACGCCGCCGUCAUCGCGGACGGCCAGCGCCGGCGCAACAAGGGCGGCGGCAGCAACGCGCCCGGCGCGGGAGGGGGUGGUGGCGGCGGCGGUACGACCAGCAGCGGCGCGGGUGGCGGGGGCGGCGGGGGUGGAGGCGGGGGCGGGCCAAGCAGCCUUGCGCAGGCGAAGGAGCGCUCCAACUUUGACCGGGCCAAGUUUGGUCAGAAGACGCCGCGGCACAGCAACAGCUACAAGGGGAAGGAGGCGAUGGCGCUGACCCCGUUAGACGUGCCGCCGCCGCCAGCCGAAAUGGGCGACCUAAUGGCGUACGGCGGACCGCUGACGUCAACAGCGGCGGGCGGGAUGCCGGGGUCCGCCUACCAGCCCUACGCGCUGCCCAUGGUGGGCGUGGUGGGGCCAGGCGGGCCGCCGCCGACCCCGGGUACUGCGCCACCGUCAGCUGCGGCAGGCGUUGCGGGCGGGCCGGGGCAGCCGGUGGUGGUGCAGCAGGCGGUUGCGCAGCGGACCACGUCGCCGCACUCGGUGGUGCACAUCUCCCCGGCCGGCGCGCAUGGGCCGUCCACUGGCCGCCGCGCCAGCGAGGCAGCUGCCGGCAGCACCGCGGUGCUCAGCCCCACCGCCGCCGUGGCGCGGCCGCCGUCGGUCAUGCUGGUCGCCGCCGCCACGACGGCGCCGCCGCCGCCGUCUGCAGCAGCAGCAUCGCAGCAGCCACGGCCAGCUCCGGAAGCGGGCGCAACGUCGGCGCAGCCGCUGCCCGGCCUGAGCGCGCCAGCAGCCCAGGCGGUCCAGCAGAAGGCUUCCCCGGCGGCCCCGGUGGUGGCGCCGAAGCCGACGACACUGUUGCCCACGACGGCCGCUGCCUCGCCUGCUGUCCCACAGCCGCAUCCACGCGCGCAGCAGCAGCCGCUGCCGCCCAUGCCUGCGCCUUCGCCUUCGCCCAGGGCACCGCAACAGCUGCAGCCAGCGCCGGCAGCGGCAGCGGCGCCGGCAGCAGCACCACCGCCAGGGCAAGCACCGCAGGCCCCUCCUACAGCAGCCAAGGCGCCUGCCACGCUGCCGACGCAGAGUACAGCAGCGGUGAUCACGCCGUCUGCGAUGCCAGCCGCAGCACCAGCCGCAUCAACGCCAGCCGCAGUACCCGGUGCUGCGCCGCCCGCCGCUACCAACCCGGCAGCGGCACCCAGCACGGCCGCUGUGUCAGCUGCGGCGCCGGCACCGGCUGCCACUGCCGCUGUCACCACUGCACCUGCACCGGCUGCUGCGGCAGCUCCGGCUGCUACGGCCGCAGCGGCACCCGCACCUGGCGCUGCGUCUGCAACCGCUGGGUCGGCGCAGGAAACCGCAGCCAGCCAGCCGGUUGUGGCUCCUAUCGUGCCGGCGCCUCAGCCCACCGCUGCCGCAACACCAGCAGUAGCAGCUGCAGCGGCGCCAGGCACGGCACCGGCGGCAGCAGCGCCAGUGGCUGUUGCCGCCAAGCCUGCCACGGCACCGGUAGCCGCAGCCACAACGCCAGCGGGGGGCGCUGCGGCUCCUGCUGGGCCCGUUUCUGCCGCCGCCGCUCCUGCAGGCGCACCAGCGGCGCCCACGCCAGCUUGCGCGCAGCCAGCGGCAGCCGCAGCCACCGCCACCACCAGCGCUGGUGGAGGCCCCGGCGCUGCACCCGCCGUCAUCUCCCCGCCUGCAUCCUCCAGCCCCGCCACCAGCAACGCCGGCACGCAGGUCACCACCAGCAACGCCGGCACGCAGGCGAGCGGCCCGCCCGGUCCGUCUGCCGGUGCGGCGGCCGCGGCCAGCUUGCUCGCCUCCUCCGCCACCGGCGCCUCCACCGCCUCCACCGCCAGCCUGCUCGCGCAGUCCAACAUGCUCAACAUCAACCAGCUGCUGGCCGGAUCGGGCGUGGCCAUGAAUAGCGCCGUCACGGCGGCAGCGCAGUCGCUGCUCGCCAGCAUCAUGUCCAAGGGGCCGCAGAGCUCGGUGGCGCUGCAGCAGCUCGCAGCAAACCCGCAGGUGCUGGUCAACGCGGCAGUCACCGCCGCCGCCGCGGCCACCAACUCGGGCGGCCAGGCGGGGGCCGCGGCGGCGGCGGCUGCCGCGAGCGGCCUCAGCGCUGCACUGGGGCAGAGCUCCAAGCCGCCUCCGCUGUUCACCGGCGCCCCGUCGCGUGCCAGCACGGGCGGCCAGGCGCAGGCGCCCGGGGCGCAGACGGGUCAGGGCGGGCUGCCAGGAGUCGGAGGCCUGCCGCCUGGGCUGCAGGGCCUGCCGGGCUUCCCGCUGGCCAACCUGCCGCCGCUGAACGCCAACGCCACCGGACACCCGCCUCCACACCAGCUGCCGCAGCACCGCCUGUCGGACGGCGCGCUGCCGCCCAUGUCGGGGUCAGCACGGCCGCUGGUGGGGCCGCUGGCGCACGGGCUGCAGCCGCAGCCGCUGGCGGGGCGGCAGGCGCCGGGCUCGGCGCCGCCCGCAGCCCGCGGGCCGGGCCGGCCGCCGCGGCGCCAGGUGGUGGAGGAGGAGGACGACGAGGACGAGGACUGGAGCGACGAGGACGAGGAGGAGCCGGAGGACGACGACGAGGAGUACAGUCCCACCGCAAGCCACCGCGAGCGCGGCCGCCGCGGGCCCGGCCGGCCACCGCGCCGCGCCGGCAGCAACGGCACGCGCGGCCCCGGCCGCCCGCCCAUCCACUCGUACCACGGCGGCCACGGUGGCGGCUACGGCGAGCACCACCACCACGCGGGGGCGGGCGCGGGGCCGGCGCGGCAGUCGCGGCGGCGCGCGGGCAAGGGCACUCAGAACUGGGCGGUGCUGCUGGCGAGCGACAGCGACGACACGGAUGGCGAGUGGAGCGGCGACGAGGCGCCCGCCCGCCGGCAGCCGCGCGGCACUGGCCGGCCGCGCGGGCGUCCCCGUGGAUCCUGAGCGGAUGGGGUGGGUGGAUGGGUUGCUAGGCUGGUGUGUGCUACCUCCGGGGGCAGGCCCAUCUGGCCGCACUACACAGCACACGGCGUUUCUUGUUUAGGCGUUCGGUCGGUACUGUAUUGUGUGUGGCUUCUUGUGUGCAUAUUUUGUGUGGAGUCCAAGCGGAACUCAGGCGGGGCUGCCAUACGACUGGGUCAGGAGGACGUCACCGCGCUUUCAGGAGAGCAUUGUUCCUCGCGGGGCGUUUGUCCUUUAACAAACAGUCGUUCCUGCGGUUGCACUUGCAGUCGCACCCUCAGGUCUUUGCUGCGUGGCUGGCAAAGGCAGCCCCGUGGGCGCAUGUGACACGGUGCGCGUUGCUGUAUGUGUGGAUGAUCGUGUUUGUCGUGAUGAGGCCCGCUGAGGUGUGGGCAUGUGCACAUGGAUUGGCAGAUGGGCGCAUGGUGGUCGAUGACAUGGGGGCAUGACAAGCGAGGACGAGUUCAAGGUCACAUUACGCGGGGUGUGAUCGACAGCGACUGGGCCGUCCGACUGACAGACGAUACGGCAUGACACGUUAGACUUACUGGGCUGCAAAGAUGUGCAUGGGUCCGCCAGUACAUUCAAUGGACGCAAGCCGACUCUGGACACUCUGGCUCGCCCUUGGCACGAACAAUGCUGACGACACAUUUGGCGCGGCGUGGGUACGCUGAUGCAAGGUGUUCAAACGGUAGUGGCAUUUGGCACGUAUGCUUGAUGGCAGUGCAGCUUUUUGUGACGUUGACCAUUACCUAAACGCGGUGUGCCCUUAAUCGGCUGGCGUGAACAGAAGGUGAGCCCCACGGGCUCGGGCGCAGGGGUGCCCUGCUGGGGCGAGAGCGUGUGUAAUGAUGCGUGCGAUGCACCGCUGCGCUGUGGAGGAACAGGGGCGCAACGGAAGCCGCAGAAUGACCAGCAUGACCAGGGAUCUCGCAACGCACAGAACGGCUCCAUGGAGGCUGUUAUGUGACGUGCAGUUACCGUCCUGACCGGG